AUGGAGCCCGCCGAGGACGGCCCGGGCGCCGCCGUCCAGCCCCCGGAGCCGCAGGGGCGCGGCCGCUGGACCCCGCGGGGCCUGCGGGGAGCGCUGUCCCCCGACGUGCGGCGGGAGGCGGCGGCGCUGGCGGCGCUCGCGGGCCCGGUGUUCCUGGCGCAGCUGAUGAUCUUUCUCGUCAGCAUCGUCAGUUCCAUCUUCUGCGGACACCUGGGCAAAGUGGAGCUGGACGCCGUGACGCUGGCCGUCUCCGUUGUGAAUGUCACUGGAAUUUCAGUAGGGACUGGCUUAGCCUCGGCUUGUGACACGCUGAUGUCUCAGUCCUUUGGAGGCAAGAACCUGAAGCGCGUGGGGGUCAUACUCCAAAGGGGCAUUCUCAUCUUGCUGCUCUGCUGCUUCCCUUGCUGGGCCAUCUUCCUCAACACAGAGCGCCUGCUCCUGCUGUUAAGGCAGGACCCGGAAGUGGCCAGGCUAGCCCAGGUUUAUGUGAUGAUUUGCAUCCCUGCUCUUCCUGCAGCGUUCCUCUUCCAGCUGCAGACACGGUAUCUACAGAGUCAGGGCAUCAUUAUGCCCCAAGUUAUUGUUGGGAUCGCGGCAAAUAUUAUCAACGUGGGCAUGAAUGCCUUCUUGCUGUAUGCCUUGGACCUCGGAGUGGUAGGGUCGGCCUGGGCCAACACCACCUCGCAGUUCUUCCUGUCCGCCCUGCUUUUCCUCUACGUGUGGUGGAAAGGAAUCCACACCCACACCUGGGGAGGAUGGACAAGGGAGUGCUUCCAGGAGUGGAACUCCUACAUCCGCCUGGCCAUCCCCAGUAUGUUCAUGGUGUGCAUCGAGUGGUGGACCUUUGAGAUUGGGACCUUCCUUGCAGGCCUUGUUAAUGUCACAGAACUAGGAGCUCAGGCUGUCAUUUACGAACUGGCUUCUGUCGCCUACAUGGUGCCCUUUGGCUUUGGUGUGGCGGCCAGUGUCCGAGUGGGCAAUGCUCUGGGGGCGGGGAAUGCCGAGCAGGCCCGGCGUUCCUGUUCUACUGUUCUUCUUUGUGCUGGUGUCUGUGCGCUCCUGGUGGGAAUUCUGCUUGCAGCCUUGAAGGACGUGGUUGCCUACAUAUUCACCAAUGACAAGGACAUCAUUUCCCUUGUGAGUCAGGUGAUGCCCAUUUUCGCUCCCUUCCAUCUGUUCGACGCACUUGCUGGCACCUGUGGCGGGGUCCUGAGAGGAACAGGAAAGCAAAAGAUCGGUGCUGUCCUGAACGCCAUUGGUUACUACGGGUUUGGCUUUCCCAUCGGCGUGUCUCUGAUGUUUGCUGCUAAACUUGGGAUAAUAGGCCUCUGGGCUGGACUGAUAGUCUGUGUCUUCUUCCAAGCCCUCUCCUACCUAAUCUACAUCAUGAGGACAAACUGGAGCAGAGCAGCAGAGCAGGCACAAGUCCGAGCUGGGUUAAAAAGCAACAAGGAGACAACACCCACCCCAGCAGAUCUGCCCAUCUUGGAAAGAGAAGUUGUUGAUGGAGUGAUUUUGCCUGAUAUCAUCAGGCCAGAGAACCCGACCGGCCAGCUGGUAGUACAAGAAAACAGCCCGUAUGCAGUGCCCACUGUCGGGGAGGUCUUGACAGGAAGGCAGCUGGUCAUCUACCGAGGGAUGGCUCUGGCUGUUUCUGUUGCUGUCCUCGUAGCAGGAAUUGUAGUGCGAGUUUCCAGUGACCGUGGCUAAGAAAGGAUUAUCACUGAUCUGUGGACUGGUGGCAACUGUGUGCCAUGUCCCGGGCAUGGAUGUGAGCUCUCAUUGGUACAGAAGCGUCUCUCUCAGCUGUGGGUAGAAAGGCUGCCAGUAAGCCGUCCUUGGUCACGCUGCCGUCCCGCC